AUGGACAAAUUGCCAAACAACUGUCUCACUAUAAUUGGUAACCUGGUGAUUGAGUCUGGCGAUGAGGAGCAUAUUAACAAGCUGAUCAGAGUGUACACUCUAUUUGGUACUUUGAUCAUUAGGAAUACUCAACUGGUGGAUUUCAGUUUUCUGCCCAAACUGACUCUCAUUAUUUCUUUGAAUGAUACGCUGCCGGUUGUUCAAAUUCUAUCCAAUAAAAACUUAACGAAUCCGAAAAUCGGCUCCAGUGUCAGGGUAAUAACAUAUUCACCAGAAGCUUCUAUAAUCGUGUUGCAAUAA